AUCCUCUGGUGCUUCUUCCCGAUAAUGACCCCCAAAUCUCCAUUUAAUUACAGCGACAGCCAUUGAUCCCCACCCUCUUAGAGCCAGCCCCUUUGCUUCCGCAUCGCUUCGCAUCCCUCGGUUAGGGUUUCAUCGCCCCGUUAUGCGACUCUGAUCUCCCAAGUCUUGAAUCCACGCAUGCUGGUAGGAAUUAGGGUUAGGGUUUGGGAAUCCCAACGUGUAUGGAUAUGGAGAGCUCCCGCAGAUCCGCCGUGGACCGCUCCCGGGAGCCCGGCCUGAAGAAGCCCCGGCUUGCCGAGGAUGUCCCCAAUCGAGACCGGUCUGUGCCGCAGCCAAGGGGCGGCCCGCCGACGGAUCCGAGGCUUAGGGUUGGUGAGCGCGAAAGGGAGGAACCGUCGAGAGCGGCAAUCGGGGCUUAUCAGCAGCAGCAGGAGCUUGUGUCCCAGUACAAGACGGCGCUCUCCGAGCUGACUUUCAAUUCCAAGCCCAUCAUUACUAAUCUCACGAUCAUCGCCGGAGAGAACCUUCAUGCUGCUAAGGCUAUAGCUUCCACCGUCUGCAAUAAUAUCCUUGAGGUUCCAAGUGAGCAGAAGCUGCCUUCGCUGUAUCUUCUUGAUAGUAUUGUGAAGAAUAUUGGAAGAGAUUACAUCAAACAUUUUGCUGCUAGACUGCCUGAGGUAUUUUGCAAGGCAUAUAAACAUGUUGAUCCUUCAAUACAUCCUGGCAUGAGGCAUCUCUUUGGAACAUGGAAAGGAGUUUUCCCUGCAGGUCCACUUCAGAUAAUCGAGAAGGAACUAGGCUUUGCAGCUACUGUCAAUGGCUCAUCUGGAGCUACAGUAUCCAGGCCUGAUUCUGAAACACAACGGCAGCCCCACGGCAUUCAUGUGAAUCCAAAAUAUUUAGAAGCAAGGCAUCGUCUUCAGCAGUCAGCAAGAGCAAAAGAAAUAAAUAGAGGUGACAUGACAAGUGCUAUGAAUUCUAUGGACAACGCAGAGAGGUCAGACAGGAUGGCUAUAUCGGGAAGUUCGAAGCAAUGGGCUGAUCAGCCUGUAAAAAUGCCUAAUACUCAACGAUCUCAAAGAGAACAGUUAAGCGAACCAGUCCCGGAAAAUAAAGCAUAUAUUGAUUAUGAAUUUUCUUCCAAUUAUUCCCGACCAGAUUCAAGGGUUGGGAGAGUUAAUGAAGCUGUUAAAGAGCGGGAUGCAAUAGACAAACCAUGGUAUGGGAAUGCUGGUAUCACUGUGUCCAAGACAUUGGGCAACAAGAGAAAUGGUGUUGAUGUUAAUCAGAGUUAUGGAAAGUUUAUCGAAUCUGGAGCCACACUGACUGACCACCAGUUACGACCACUUCAUUUCAAUGAAGCAAAUAAAGGUAGUGGUGUGAUUUCUAAGAGCUGGAAGAAUUCUGAGGAGGAGGAGUAUUUGUGGGAUAUGCAUUCCAGAUCAACUGGUUAUGGAGAAGCUAGUGGUUUGAUGAAAGGUGGUCAAGAUAUUGAUGAUACAAAGCCUGUAAGUAUGCUUAGACGAAAAUGGAUGCCUCGGGAGACAGAGCAUCUAGAUUCCCGGCAAAACCAGCUUGAAGCUUUGAGUCAAUAUGUGAAGAGCUCCAUAUCAGAUGAUACAGUUCCACCAUCUAGAGGAGCUGAAGAUAGCUUUCUGCCAGCUCGCCAGCAAGCAGAUCCAGACCCAAGAAUUAAAAUGGAGAGCCCAUCCGAUACUCUUCCCCUAAGACGAACCUCAUUAGGUCAUACUCCUCUGCGGCCCCUACAGGAACCACAUUCCUCAGUGAUGGGUUUAGAUCAUAUUAGCUCAAGAAUUGCAGGUCAGUCAGAGACCCAGCCUACAAGUUUGGAUUCAUCUUUACAAAGAUCUGGCCGGCUAAUGCAUUCUAUUCCACCAAGCAUAGGACCCAUAACAAAUGUUGUUUCCAGAUCAAGAGGGACAUUUGGUCAAGCAUUGCAAUCAUUGCGCCCUUCAUCACCUUCCCGCUAUAUGCUGCCAUCUUCAGCACACCUUCAACAGCAAAACUCCCCGAGUUCAGCUGAUUCUGAACAACUGCAAUCGCUUUCCUCAUCUCAAGGGAUUCAAAAACCUUUGCAGCUGUCAGGAAACUUGAAUAGAGUACAUGCAUCAGCCAGCCCAGACUCCUUCCAGUCUCAUGGGGUACCUAAUCCACAAGCACUGGCACCACAGUCUCAGUACCUACAAAGUGCAUCAACUUCUCCAGCAACUUUUCUUCAGUCAAGGCUUCACCUUCCUUUGUUGGUGCCAUCUAAUUCUGAUCAGUUAGUACAACAGACACAGGCACAAUCAUCGCACUCAUCCACUCCUAUGCAGAAACAACCUCCUCUACCCCAAGGCCAAUCUGACACAAGUAGUUUACUGACGGGAAUCAUGAAGAGUGGACUCCUGCCAACCACUUCAUCCAGCAAUCCCCAUGACCUACGCCCUCCUUUGCCAAGUGGACCCCCUCCCAUCCAUGUUUUAACUUCGUCCGGCCCUUCGGUUAUUCCAUCUUCAGCAUCUCUUCCCAUGCCCCACACAAAUGUGCCUAAUCUUACAUCUUCCUCUAUGAGAGGUGUGCUGCCUCCUCUGCCACCUGGUCCUCCACCUCAAUCAUCCCUGUUGAGUUCCUCAAAGAGCUCCAGUGCAGUUAGUGGCACAUCAAAUCCACUUUCAAGUCUUCUGACCUCAUUGGUUGCGAAGGGUUUGAUUUCUUCACCAGCUUCCGAAGUGCCCACUGUUACUUCUCAAAUUCAUGAAAAGUCAUCAGAUAAGAUCAGCAAUGAUGAUUCUAGUAACUCUCUGGUGGCUUGUUCAACCUCAGCCUCUUCAAAAGGUUCUGCUCCUCCAAUGGACAAUCAUUCUGGCCCUGAACCUUCUGCUCCAGUAAAUGUUGCAUUUCCUGUAUUAGAUACAGGCUUGAAUGACCUUAUAGGCCUUGACUUUAAGGCAGAAGUAAUUCGAGAACAUCACCCUUCAGUGAUUAGUGGUCUCUUUGAUGAUUUAAAGCAACAAUGCAAUAAAUGUGGCCUAAGAUUCAGACUCAAAGAACAACUCAACCAUCAUUUGGAUAAGCAUUCAUCAGAGAAACCUAAGAGAAGUAGCUUUGAGAGUAUCUCUCGGAAAUGGUACGCAGAUCUUACUGUUUGGAUUUCUAGAAGCACAGGACAACCAUCUGGGCCAGCCUCUAGUGUUUCUUUUGCAGAAGACAUCCCUGUGAGAAAGGAUUAUGAGCCAAUGGUUACUGCAGACGAAAGUCAGUGCAUCUGCUUGUUUUGUGGAGAACCAUUUGAAGAUUUUUACUGUGAGGAAAAGGAUGAAUGGAUGUACAAAGGGACAAUGUAUUUGAAUGAACCUGAGGCCCUAGGUAACAAGGGAAGCAUGGAUGAGGGCUUUCGACAGGUUCCUAUUGUACAUGCCAAAUGUGCAGCAACUAGUGCAGGCAAUCGCACAGAUGUGCCUGAUCACAAUGAAAUGAGUUGGACCAGCAGUUGAGGAUUCAGGAAGGGAGAAGAAUACUAGGUGAUGCGGGUCUUGGUAAUCAAAGAUGUCUUGCAUUGAGGUCUGUGCUGAACAUGGUACCUACAUGUGUGAGCCACUGGGGCUGAUUUGCUUGUGCUUGAAUGAGGUAUCAUGUCUCUGGUCAUAUUUUUUGGGAGGUAAUUAAUUAAAAAAAAAUAGCUUCCUUACCUGUAUAAUGUCAUUUGCAUGUUGUUUGCUUAUGUUUAUUCUCUUGUUUUACCUUGAUGAAGUGGUUUAUUGCCUUUUUCAACUCCAGCAUCAGGUGUAAUCAGCGACAAAAAAAGAAAAAUCCUGGAAAAAGCUAUUGGCAGCUGUCCUGGGAUUUAUAGUCAUGGAACUAACAGACCAGUUAUAAGCUGAUGAAUUUUUGUCUUUAUCCAUGCAAUCCUUCCCUUAGAUCGUUAAUGCACCAUUUGUUCCUUGUUUGAUGUUCUGACUUUAUAUUGAUGCUUGUGUUUUUGGUUCAUUGAGUGUAAUAUAUCAUCCAAGCAUAUAAUGGAGCUCGACAAACAAAGGUUCAACUCA